AUGGCUGAACGGUCCCCCAACGCUUUGCUGCGACCCCCACACGCAAAGAGUUCCAGGAUGGCAAACGCAGAAGCAGUGACUCCAGUUUCCUCCAACGAUAAAUCCAGUCAAUUCCCUCUCCUCGCCUGGAUCAAUAAGCUGCUGAAAACAAACUUCCAAGAUGUGGGAGAUAUGCGUUCUGGUGCACACUACUGUCAGAUCAUGGACCUCAUUUUCCCAGCUUCUGUUGAUAUGACGUCCGUGAAGUUUGAAUCACAAAGGGAAAAUGACUACAAGCACAACUUCAGUUUGUUAAAGGAGGCCUUUGACAAGAUGGAUAUUACAAGGGCUAUUCCAGUUGAGAAACUCAUAGUAGGGGAUUUUGAGAACAGCUUUGAGUUCCUGGACUGGUUCAAAGUUUUCUAUGCAGAAAAUGCAAAAAGCAGCAACCCCAUCAAUCCCCGGAACGGCAUGGCAACCAGCUCCACUUUAGCCUCUUUAUCUUCUAGGAACUCCAUAUCGGACUCAGACGUGGAAACGAGCAACAGUGUAACAUUGGGCAAAAGAUAUCCGUACACUGACAAGUGGAAGGAAACUUAUGUGUGGGCAGACCGUAGUGUUCUCGGAGAGGAUUUUACCUACUGCUCCUCGUGUCACACGAAGCUUCACACCAUAAGUAAAGGACACAUCGAGCUGAGGCGACACGAGGACACGAAGAAACACCGGAAAAGGGCUCAAAAGCCCGAGGGCGCCGGCCCGGCCAGCCGCGUGCCCGCGCCGCUGCCGUGCAGCGAUGCUGCCGCUCGCUUCAUCCGCAGCCACUGCUACACCGGAUCCGCCGACAACGAAAAGGCGCUGAGGCAUUUUGUGCGCCGCACGCUCGGGCUCCAGUACCCCCAAUCAAUCGUGUCCGUUUGCCGAAACACCCCCUACUGUGUUUACAUUUACGGGGGCGUGCCCGUAGGCGCGGGGGACUCCGUCUGCGUGGUCCUCGUGGGGUUUUUCGACGUGGCUGCCUCCGGUCACUGCGUCCGAUUUUUGGACGCGGUGGACGGUCCAGGGGAUCCAGCGGUGUUGCAGUCCCUAAAGAAGUUUGAGCUGUCCACCGAUAAUCUUGUUGCUGUUUAUUUCAGUGGGAACACUGUGGCUUCAGGGGACAUCUGUUCACAGCUCAGAGAUCUUAGCCCAAACAUAGUCGACCUGUGCGGCCUGUCCACCGUUGCGGACGCCGCCUGUCACGCUGGGGUCGAAGCGCUCUCCAAUCAGGCCCGAGAGCUGAUAGCUGACCUGCACGCCCACUACGUGUCCUGCUCUACCAAAAACGACCACCUCAGGGCCCUUUUCGGAUCAGAUGUCGGUGAGAACGGCAACUCAUUUCACUUCAGCACCAGCUGCCUUAAAUUUGGCCUGUUAGUCACAAAGAUCAUAGAGAUAUGGACAGAUCUUAUCGGUUACUUCAGCAGUUGUCCUAAAGACGACAAAAAAGCUCAUUCAGUAUGCUCGCAGCUGAAGGACCCCAAAGUCAGGGCGACGUUCCUGUUCCUGGAACAGGCCUUGAAACCUCUGCAGAACUUCCAGAGGCUAACACGGGGAGCCUCCUGGGCCAACAUGCCACAGGUCUUUGAAGGAGCCAGCGCCCUGGUGGGCACCUACACCUCUUAUUUCCUUCAGCCCCCCGCUGCCGUUUGCUGCUUCAAAGAGCGUGACACUCAAAUUUUGAAAAACAGGACAUUACUCCUCUCAAGCCCCGAUCUCUAUGUGGGUGGGGAGGCUGUGGAAGAUUACUUGAAGACAUCUGAAGCCCCAGAGGCACUGGCUCACUUACAAGAGGAGGCGCUGUCUUUCUACGGCGCUCUCACGAGUUGCAUUGCAGAUCGGCUGCCCCUGAGCGGCAGGAUGUUAAAGAACAUUGCCCAUCUGCUAAACCCGCAAAAGUGGCUGGAAGUGAGCAGGAAUGCCGUCGAGGAGCUGGGGACCAAGCUGGGAGUCUGCAGCUCCCCAGAAAAGGUCAAAAGGCUCACAGAGGAAUUCCUGGAGAACCAACUAGCCGAGGAGGGCGAGGGCGAAGGGGCCAAGAACGAGACUCCACUGGAGAAGCACUGGGCCAGGAUCCUGACCGACACCGAGCCUACCUCAAUCUUCAGAAGGCUUCUUUUGACCCUUCUGAGCCUCCAGUGCCCUCCUCCUGAUGCCCAGCAAGUCUUCACAAAGGCCUUAGAGAACGACACACCCACAGUAUUAACGGAGGGCAGAGGCUCAGCGGAAAGUGACUGUUACAUUGUGUCUGACGACGCGCUGGCCGACAGCAGCAUGGACUCCCGUACCCACACUGCAGGAAGAGACUGUCUUAACAUAACAUUGAAACCGUGCAAAGUCCGCCUCACCAAACUGAAAUAUCCAUGUGAUGAGGAUGGUUUAUUCAGACUGAACGGCUCCUGGUCGAAAGAGUUGGAUGAAGAGUCCUCUUCCAGUAAAACCACACCAACCAGAAGGCGGCCCAAAAGUGCUUACCAGGAUGGGAGGGGGUUUCUGAUAGGCGAGCUGGUGUGGGGAAACAUAAAGGGCUUUUCCUGGUGGCCUGGGAUGGUGAUACCAUGGAAGACCAAGACUGCUCCCCCAACCUUGCGGAGGGUGGAGUGGUUUGGAGAUGGGAUGUUCUCAGAGAUCUCCACAGAGCGACUAAACCCAUUUAGAGCCUUCAAUAGGUGCUUCUGCAAAAAUUCCUUUGCCAGUUUGCCCAUUUACAAGGAAGGAAUCUACCAAAUCCUCGAGUUGGCAGGUGAGCGAUGUGGGAAGUCUUUCAGUCAAGCAGAAGGUAGCAAAGAAAAAGAGCUGAAGCUGAUGUUGGAAUGGGCAAGUGAGGGGUUUCUGCCGACUGGACCUGAAGGAUUUUUACCUCCUGAUCCCACGGCACAUCAGGACUCCGACAGCACCUCCUUGUCUGACUACCAGCCCCCAUUAAAAAGAAAAUAUGGAUACAAGAAUAAGCCUAAUACAUCCAUUGUCUACAGCAGAGAAUCAAUAAGAGAGAGGGUCAAAGAGAAAGGCAAAACAAUUGAAGAUUUCUGUUUGUGCUGUGGGUCUCCUGAGAUCGAAGUGCAGCACCCGCUGUUUGAAGGAGGCCUCUGUCUGAAAUGCAAGGUAAACUUUACAGAGACGCUGUAUCGCUACGACGACGACGGCUUCCAGUCUUACUGCACAGUGUGCUGUGCAGGGUCAGAGGUCAUUCUGUGUGGGAACGCCAGCUGCUGCAGAUGUUUCUGUAAGGACUGCCUUGAGAUCCUGGUGGGCGAGGGAACCUUUGACACACUAAAACAUAUCGACCCAUGGAGCUGCCACUUGUGUGACCCAUCGCAGUGUAAAGGAUACCUUAAACUCAGACCAGACUGGAGCAAGAAGGUUCAAGACCUUUUUGCCAACAACAGUGCCAUGGAGUUUGAGCCUCACAGAAUUUAUCCCUCCAUCCCUGCCGAUCAGCGCCGACCUAUCAAGGUGCUCUCUCUUUUCGACGGCAUAGCAACAGGAUAUCUGGUGCUAAAAGACCUCGGUUUCAAGAUCGAGAGGUACAUCGCUUCAGAGAUUUGCGACGAUUCCAUCGCGGUGGGGAUGAUCAAACACGAAGGGAGGAUCGAGUACGUCAAUGAUGUUCGCACCAUCACCAGAAAACACCUGGCGGAAUGGGGCCCCUUUGAUCUCCUGAUUGGUGGCAGCCCCUGCAACGACCUGUCCAUGGUCAACCCCCUUCGAAAGGGAUUGUUUGAGGGCACUGGAAGACUCUUUUUUGAGUUCUACCGCAUACUGACCAUGCUGAGGCCAAAGGAGGACGAUAACCGCCCAUUCUUCUGGUUGUUUGAGAACGUGGUGUUCAUGAGUGCCCACGAUAAGUCCGACAUCUGCCGGUUCCUGGAGUGCAAUCCAGUUCUUAUCGACGCGGUGAAAGUCACCCCCGCUCACAGAGCGCGCUACUUUUGGGGGAACAUACCGGGGAUGAACAGACCUGUCGCCACCUCCAAUGAGAGCAAACUGACCCUGCAGGAUUGUUUGGAAGUCGGGCGCAUGGCAAGGUUUGACAAAGUCCGCACCAUCACAACAAAGUCGAACUCUAUCAAGCAGGGGAAGAUGGGGCCGCUGCCUGUGAACAUGAACGGCAAGGACGACUACCUGUGGUGCACCGAGAUGGAACAGGUCUUUGGCUUCCCCAAACACUACACGGACGUGAACAACAUGGGCCGAAUGCAGAGGCAGAAGGUCCUGGGCCGCUCCUGGAGUGUUCCCGUGAUCCGGCACCUCUUCGCGCCACUGAGGGAUUAUUUUUCCUGCGAUCAGUGACACUGAGUCAGUCUUCAAAAGGAGUGGUGCUAACCUCGAUGCCUUAUCCUAACCCUGGCCUUUACCCGAAAGAAUUAGGUUAGUAGUUCACGGUGUGUCAAGCCACCCACAAUCCUCUGUCACCAGCAGGUACCGACACUUUCUGGGCUGGGUUUCUUUAACAAUAUAUUUAUUUGCUGUGUGGUGGGGAAAAGGGUUCCUCAUAGCUCAAUGUUUUGGUUGUCCUGACACAUAAUCCCUGCUUCAACGAAGCAGUGCAUUUGGACUUUUAAAUACAUUCUAGUGCCUCCGCUUCCCCGGUGUUAGGUGUACAUAUGCCACAAGCUGGCGUAACUGUUUGAAAAAGUCAUAUGAAAGACCCCUCAAAUAUGUGAUUUUUAGGUUUUUAUUGAUUUGCAUGUUUCCUAAAUUCGGUAUUGUCGAACAUGUCACCUAAUCAUUAGUGUUGGCUCAGCACAUGAGGCGAAGCAGUCAGGAAACCAAAGGAGCCUCCAGACUCACUCAGCGUUACAGGCCCUGCUCUCUACCUCAACACUGUUUGACUGCUGUUCAGAUUUUUUUUGCCAUAUUUCCUAUUUUAUGAAUAUGGAACUCUGUGAUUUUUAUACAUGAACUCUAUUUAAAUGUUUUUACUCUAAACCUAGAUCUAAUUGGAUCUAGUUAAUUUCUUCCUGGAUGGAUCAUGAAGUUGUUACUUUAUUUCCUCUUUUUUUUAACCGCUUGUCUAAACUGCACAGAUCCCACUGUGGUGCUAACGGGAUGCAGACUGAAGUGACAUCACUUGGUUUGCAUCGGUGCUCAAAUUAGUUUUUUAAGGACUUUCAUUGGUCGAACACAACUUACACGAUGAACUGAGUGUUGGUGUUUUUUUUAAACUGGAUUUUUCCAUGUUUGAAUAGGCAGUUUCUAAAGGUUUCUAAAUGGUAAACUUUAAAAUCUGCAAAAGGUGCUCUAAAAAAAAAAGAGAGAGGAAACCGCUUGAUUGUGAAAAAUGACUUUAUAGUGUGAAAUUUCUUCUUGUGGGAAGAAGGCAGAUAUUAGACAUGUGAAGUGCACGUGCCACAUAAACAAACUCGUUGGAAGGAUAAAUUAUCUUUGUGAACAUGAGAGGGAAAAAAAGAGAAAAGCAGGCGUGAGGGAGAGGGUGGUUCAUGUGAGUUAGACUUCACAGUCUCACUAAUAGCAGGGAUGAGCGCACCUCACCAAGCUAUAGCUCAUCAAGACAGGAAUCUCUGUGGUUUUCUGUGUGGUAAAACUGUAAAAAGAAGCUCCAAUACUUGAGAUGUGUUUCCUAUUUUGAUUCAGAAUUACCAAAAGGACGAAAAACCCUUCAAUCAUUGAAUAACUGUGGUUGAACUGACUGUUGAACUAAAUGUUUCCCUGCAUUUGUACACCUGAUUUAGAUGGAUAAAUGUAUGCAGAAGAUUGUAAAGUUCCUCACAAGUCUGCCAAUAGUGCAAUGACUCGAAUCAGGCGUGUUGGAGCAGAGAAACACCUAAAACCUGCAGGGCAGCGGCCGGAGGUUGAGACCUUUGUGUUAGAACUGGCUGGAGCUCCAUCCCUGAACUAGUGCUGCACUUGUUUUGGCAGAAAAAUAGGAAAUGAGCCUUGACCGAAUGUUUGCUCCGAGUUCUCAUUUUCAUUCUUAGCUUUUAGCUUUUAUUCUCCCUAAACGUGGAUUUAUGCACAAUUCUUUUAUAUUUUUUGUUCCAUAUCAUUAUGGCAACUCAAAGUGUCUUAUUAGGGUUCAGUUAACGUUAAUUUUUCUUUUGUUUUUUUUAACCACUGAUAGUUGUUUCACUGCCUGUGCUGGAUGUUUGCAUGUUCCAUAGACUCGAAGAAAUACAGUGGAAUGUUUAAAAGGCAGCCGACACUUUUACCUCACUGUUUGUGGGAUGGUGCUGCGGGAAUGGUGCUAAAUUUGCAUGUACAGUUUUGGUUUGUGUUCUGGUUUUACUGUUACUGAUCUUAAAUGGAGCCCCCUGACAGUUUGUUCCAAGUAGCAAUGUUUUAUUUUUUAUUGUAUAGAUUGGUUUUAUAUAUGCUUUUGUUUUUUGUCAGAAACAAUGUAGAAAAACAGCUUGAAAGUCAAUUAUCUGUGUGAAAACAAAUAUCAGGUGACAAUUAAUAAAUAAUGUGUGUAUAUGAUUUGUGACAAGUUUUUCAUCAUUCUCCUAUGGCUUAAGAUUUAUUUGGUGUGUACUUUUGCUUUCUCGAAGAUACAUGGGAUUAGUAGGACCUUAUAAGUUUAGUGACCAGACUAUCACGAUACAUGUACUUU